AUCCCACGAAUCGAUGCGGAACAGAGAAGAAGAGAGAGCGCAGUGGGCAUCCAGAGCAAGAGGGGGCGGACAACCGGUGCCCUUAAUCAUUUAAGCACAAAUUACAACCGUCGCAGUCCUGCCGUUCUGUUUUAAAGAACAGGACUGAAGAAAAUAGGGUGAAAAUGGCGCAACCGGACACUAAGAAGAUCUUCUUCGAGAACCUAUCGGGAGCUGGCAAAGCCAUCGCGGUACUGACGAGCGGAGGAGAUGCUCAAGGGAUGAAUGCUGCCGUACGUGCUGUGGUUCGAAUGGGAUUAUACGUGGGCGCUAAAGUUUAUUUCAUUCAUGAGGGAUAUCAGGGUAUGGUGGAUGGAGGGGAGAACAUAAGGGAAGCCAAAUGGGAAAGUGUCUCAAGCAUGCUGCAAGUGGGCGGGACUGUCAUCGGCAGCGCCCGCUGCAAAGAUUUCCGCACGCACGAGGGACGCCUGAAGGCCGCUCUGAACCUGGUGCAGCGCGGCAUCACCAACCUGUGCGUGAUCGGCGGAGAUGGCAGUCUGACUGGAGCCAACCUCUUCAGGGAGGAGUGGAGUGGACUGCUGGCGGAGCUUGUGGAGCAAGGCGCGCUGGAGGCCGAUGCUGUGCAGCAGUACUCGGCGCUUCACAUCGUGGGGAUGGUCGGUUCCAUCGACAACGACUUCUGCGGCACCGACAUGACGAUCGGCACGGACUCGGCCUUGCACAGAAUCAUCGAGGUGGUGGAUGCAAUUAUGACGACCGCACAGAGUCACCAGAGAACGUUUGUGUUGGAGGUCAUGGGCAGACACUGCGGUUACCUAGCCUUGGUGAGCGCCCUGGCCUGCGGGGCAGACUGGGUGCUGAUCCCGGAGAUGCCGCCAGAGGACGGCUGGGAGGAGAAGAUGUGUCAGAAACUGUCUGCGACCCGGUCCAGGGGCUCAAGGCUGAACAUAAUCAUAGUUGCGGAGGGAGCCCUAGACAGACACGGAAAGGCUAUAACCUCUAGUUAUGUCAAGGAUCUUGUUGUCAAAUGUUUGGGUUUCGACACACGAGUGACAAUUCUGGGGCAUGUGCAGAGAGGAGGGACCCCAUCCGCUUUUGACCGCAUCUUGGCCAGUCGCAUCGGCGUGGAGGCCGUUCUUGCCCUUCUAGAGACCACAGCCAACACGCCGGCCUGUGUGGUCUCUCUGGUCGGAAAUCAGUCGGUGCGUGUGCCUCUGAUGGAGUGCGUGCAGAUGACUCAGGAGGUCCAGAAGGCCAUGGACGGGAAGCGGUUUGAGGAGGCUGUUAAGCUUCGGGGCAGGAGUUUUGAAAACAACUUGAAGACGUACAAACUCUUGGCUCAUCGCAAACCGGAGUCGGAGCUGCCAGUUAGCAACUUCAACGUGGCAGUGCUGAACGUCGGUGCUCCUGCGGCAGGGAUGAACGCCGCGGUCCGUUCAGCAGUGAGGGUGGGCAUCUCCGAGGGCCACAAGAUGUUUGCUGUCAGCGAUGGCUUCGAGGGAUUCUCCAAAGGACAGAUUAGGGAGUUUAAAUGGGCAGAUGUUGGAGGAUGGACUGGACAGGGUGGCUCCCUACUGGGAACCAAAAGAACUCUUCCUGCAAAGCAUGUUGAAAAAAUUGCUGAGCAGAUGAGAAAGCACAAUAUAAAUGCGCUGCUCAUUAUCGGGGGAUUUGAGGCCUUCCUGUCACUGCUGGAAUUGUUAACGGCGCGCGGGAAAUAUGACGAGCUCUGUGUGCCCAUGGUCAUGGUCCCAGCCACUGUCUCCAACAAUGUGCCGGGCUCAGACCUCAGCAUCGGUGCUGACACGGCUCUGAACGCCAUCACUGCUACCUGUGACCGCAUCAAGCAGUCAGCCAGUGGGACCAAGAGACGCGUGUUCAUCAUCGAGACCAUGGGAGGCUACUGUGGCUACCUGGCCACUGUGGGAGGUCUGGCAGCCGGAGCUGAUGCCGCGUACAUCUAUGAGGAGCCGUUCGACAUCAGAGACCUGCAGGCCAAUGUCGAACAUUUGACGGAGAAAAUGAAGACGAGCAUUCAAAGAGGACUGGUCCUCAGGAAUGAGAACUCCAGCGAAAACUACACAACAGAUUUUAUCUACCAGCUGUAUUCUGAGGAAGGGAAGGGCGUGUUUGACUGCAGGAAGAAUGUGCUGGGACACAUGCAGCAGGGAGGAGCGCCGUCUCCAUUCGACCGGAACUUCGGGACUAAGAUCUCGGCCAAGGCCAUGCAGUGGAUUACCAAAAAGCUGACCGAGACGUUCAGACAAGAUGAAGGCCGAGUGUUCGCCAACACCGAGGACACCUGCUGUCUGUUGGGGAUGCGACGCAGGGCUCUGGUCUUCCAGCCAGUUGUACAGCUCACGGACGACACUGACUUCGUUCACAGGAUCCCCAAGGAGCAGUGGUGGCUGAAGCUGCGCCCCCUCAUGAAGAUCCUGGCCAAGUACAAGACGAGCUACGACGUCUCUGACUCGGGGCAACUGGAGCACGUCGUACACAAUCGGCCGAAAGAGUUAGACGCUUCGGUGGCCAUGUGAAGGCACGAACAGUGCUGUCCGUGUGUGUGUGUUAGUGUGUGAGGCAUCCGUUCUGUGUUCUGUAGAAGAGCUCCAGUAACAACUAACGACGAAAAAAAGUAAAAGCGCGUUCGUUUUCCCCGUCUGUGUCAUUUCCUCCUCGAAACCAUAAGCAGUGUAAGCCUCCGCAGCGCAGCGAACACACAUACAUGCUCCCACACGCAUGCCGUACACGACUGUCCCGCCACGCACCUCCGUGUACUGCUCCCCCUUGGAUGUUUAGUGUCACUGGUGUUUUCAAAUUGCACUUUUACCUGUCUGCAGUUGCACAACGACAGAAAAGACACUGUAUUCUGUGUAAAACCAACGUGUGUGUGUGUGUGUGUGUGUGUGUGUGUGUGUGUGUGUGUGUGUAAGUACACUUGCCUAGAACCAGUGCAAGAUUCAGCAUAUGAUAGAGAUGAGACGGAAAAACAGCUCUUCUAUCGUUAGAAGUUAAGAGAUCUACAUGCUGUGCUUCACACAGGAAAUAAUAUUUAUCUUUUUAACAUUGUUUAUUUUUUUGCUUGUAAAGUUGGAAUAUAGUUUAUUAAGUGUCAGCACUCCUGUAAUGAAGUAGAUGUUUCUCCUACUGCACCAACGAGUUUGAUGUGUAAGAGACUAAUGUUUCCCGCACAUUAAAACCAGACUUGAGAAGUGGA